AUCAUAUUUCUUCUGGCGUUCGUCAAUUGCUCAUGAACUGGCAAUCUCGAAAGAAGCAAAUAUUGAGGCGUUACUGUAUUCCCACUGCAAGCUAGCAAUCGCCCGGCCGUAUCCCAGCUUAAACCCAAAGAUUCACUUACAAUGUCGGCUAAACAGGUGGUCUUGACCGACAAAGCCCCGGCGCCCCUCCCAGUCCUUUCACAAGGGAUUAUCCACAAUGGGAUCGUUUACUGCUCGGGUCAAGUUGGCAUUGAUCCUGCUUCCAACCAGAUGGUUGAAGGUACUGUGCAGGACCGCACCGCCCAAAUCUUCCGAAACCUUUCUGCAGUGCUUGAGAAAGCGGGUUCGAGUCUCGAGAAGGUUAUCAAGGUCAACGUCUUCCUGGCGAACAUGGACGAUUUUAGCGCCAUGAAUGAGAUCUAUAGUCAAUUCCUGAACCAGGAACCAAAGCCGGUCCGAACUUGCGUGGCGGUCAAGUCACUCCCUUUAGGAACAGACGUGGAGAUUGAAUGUUCAGCGUAUAUUUAAGCCACCAACACCGAGGAACGCCACUCCCUGGAGAUUGGAUAUCGUGGUCGAAUAAAAGCAAUCACCAGGCUCUUAGCACUAGAAUGAGUUGUUAGACGAGAGGUGAUUCAUGCGUGAUCUAGACCUGACCAAAUUCGUCUCCUUUCCUCGAUAACAACAGACCAAGAUACUAGACAAUAUAUUUUACGCGAAGAUGUCUCUUGGCCUGACAUUUCC